CUGACUCGGAGAUGAUGGAUAGCAUUGCAAAGGACUUCGGCGUCAAGGAAACCAACAUCAAGAUCUGGUUCCAGAACAAGCGCGCCCGAUGGCGCAGGCGAGUGGAGAAUGUAAACAACUCAAUGCAGUCCUACACACCGUCGGCCACUAUGAUGUCACCAUAUGCGUCAUACGGGUUCCCAUACAAUCAAGUGACGCCACAGCAGUCGACUCAGCAGACGACAAAUGCCGCUUUCAGCCUGGACAGUCUUCUUUCCUACACAUGGAUGUCUGCAGAAACGCCUGUGUCGCAAAACAGUAAUGUACCUAUUUGUGAAAGGCGGUCAGAAAGCCGCCCAAGCUUUGAUUCUCCUCUCAUUGCUGAAACUGGUAUUUCUCAUAACAUCACGCGAAUACUUAAUGGACACCAGCAGCCAAUCAAAGACGUCAGUGAUACUGUAAGAGAGAGGUCACGAGCAGCGCGAUACUCUCCGUAUGACGUGGCAUACACAGCGUCAUCAAAACAAGCAAGUCACGAGAGAUGCCAAUCCACAGAUGCUGUAGAAACGGAAAUGAGCGCAGCAACAGGCAUUAAUGAGCACCGAGGAACUCCGAAUACGAGCAACUGCUCCAUGUCGUCGUUCGAGUCGUUAUCACCUAUUUCAUCUUCUUCCACUGCCGACACUGCUUCUCCAACCGAAAAUGGAUCCGACUCUUCCCAAACAGAUGCCGAUUUAGCGGCCAGUCCGGAUCAUAAACCUGAUCAAAAGAAGAAACUGGCAAGAACAAAUUACACGAAAGAGCAAUUGAAGACGUUGAUGAAAAUCUUUCACGAGAAUCCGUACCCUGACUCGGAGAUGAUGGAUAGCAUUGCAAAGGACUUCGGCGUCAAGGAAACCAACAUCAAGAUCUGGUUCCAGAACAAGCGCGCCCGAUGGCGCAGGCGAGUGGAGAAUGUAAACAACUCAAUGCAGUCCUACACACCGUCGGCCACUAUGAUGUCACCAUAUGCGUCAUACGGGUUCCCAUACAAUCAAGUGACGCCACAGCAGGUAUAUGGAUAUCAGAACUACCCAUGGAUGCAGACAGGAACGUUUAGCCACAACAACAACCAGCUACUUCCGGCAUUCGAGCAAAAUAUCGCGUUGUCGUCAUCAAGUUAUAGCCCAUUUCCAUCAUCGCUAUCUUAUUCACAGAUGGUCAACACCACCAGCUAUCCAUCGGCUGCACAGAAUAUCAGGACGUCACAGCUGCAAGCAAUUUACCCAAACAAUAUGAUGUACCGUAAAACUAUGUUGCAUGGUGUUUAUUAAUUAUAGCAUGUGAUAUUGUUGUGUUAUAUAUGUAAAGU